AGGAAAUUUAGGAAAUGGUUUUGAAAAGUUGACUGCCCGUAAAGAUUUUCUCCCGGUUCGACUUUAAUUUCCAGAAGAUAUUUCUCUCUUCUUUUCCCGGGUGGAAGCAUUUUAAAAUAUACCCGGUGAACAAUUUGUCUCCCGAGACGGAAUCGACAUUAAAAAUCGGCGGAUAAUCAAAAUUUCGUAUUAGUUUUAACGAAACUCCUCAGAGGGAGCCUCGACGUUUGGGGGCUUUUGUGGAUAUUUCUCCCCUUGAUUUUGCCUUUUAUCCCCGAUAUGAAAUUUUCUCAGGGUGCAUUCUCGUAUUCAAUUGAAAUGAUUGUUUUUACAAAUGGACUUAAAAAGGGUUUUUAAGGGCUAGCAGGGAUUUUGCACGAUAGUCCGCAUUCGAGGGCGUCGGGUAAACCAAACUAUAUUCCAACGUUUUCAGUUUUAAUCAUCUGUGGAGUUUGUUUACGCCUAUGAAUGGAAAAAAUGGAGCAAGAAUUGACAACAGUCGAAAGAAUAAGAGAACUACAGAAUCAAUUGAGGAUUGCCAUUCAGAACCACCAGUUGCUUUAUGUGAGAAGAAGAUCUUGCCCUUCGGAUCCUGAUAUUAAAAAUCACAUGAACGUGAUCCAGGGGUUAAUCAUUUCGAUGGGAAGGACUCAGGCUUCCCUGUUGUCUCAGUUCAAGCAGGAAAUUACCCAGCAAUACGACACACGGGCUUCGAGUUUACGUAUCACGAAUAUUAUGUCUAAGCACUUAUCAUGGAGCGAUUCGCCUAAGAAUAUCCCCGUUUACAAAAAUAAUAUAAACAAGAAGAAAGUUGAACCUAGUGAAAAAAAACCUUGGGGUCGGAAAUCGAAGAGGGAAGCAAUUUUUCGUAAACCCAGCAAACUCCAAUCUCUUUUAAAGGUCAAUAACGAAAAGAUAAAUUCUAAAAAAGAGAACGAUAAAGACGCACUUUUUUUCGACAGAUCAAAAAUUAAAAUAGUUUACAGCAACAACAAUAAAAAGUUUUGUGAUAAUUCAUCAUUAAUAAGUGCUAAAAAACUACAAUCUGUUUUAAAGCCAAAGUACGAUAAAACAAAAGAAAGUCUAUUAAAAGAUAAGAGAGAAUUAGAAAAUGGCCAACACGAUAAAUAUUCUAUUAUUGAAGUCGCUUCUGAGCCAACGAGUCCGUGCUCCUCGAAUGAUGAUACCAAGAGUAAAGAAAGUCCUAGUCAAAGCGAGAGUCAUUCUGAUACAGAGGUUGUUGAAAAUGUUCGGGUCAGAAGGCCAAAAGUAGAUCCAGUUAUAGAUAAAAAGUUUAAAAAACUUGUUAGGAAAAAAAAAGAGCGAUUUGAAAGUACCAUCGUCCUAAGGUCUAAUGGCUACGUCAAUAACUGCCAUCAACAGAAAGAUGACACUGAAAUGCCUGAUUCAAUCAAAGAUAUUUCGCAAGAAGGAUUCUUAAAAUUUUUUGGAUUAAUAAGCCGAUCACAAAGCGAUGUACUAAAGAGGAAACGUUGUGAAAGGAAGCGGAGGAGUGUAGCCGGACAAAACAAUUUUUAUAACGACUAUUUUCAACCUACGACACCUAAACGUACAUAUACACCGAGAAAGGCUGCUAGUAUACCUACAUCCCCGAAUAAUCAAGUGACUGUUGAGACAGCAAUUGAUAUCGACGAUGAAGAUGAAAAACCGAGCAAAAAUAGCAUAAGCUGUGUUAUUUGCAACGACGAAGGUACGUUAGAGACGUGUGCUUCAUGCAGCGAAGCCUACCAUUCCGCUUGUUCUACUUUCAACGGUGGCUGUCCUACGUGUAGCGCUCAAGCCGCAAAUAUUAAAAGUAUAGUAGGUGCCAAUUCUGCAAGCUCCGCUUCCAGUUCAGAACUGAUAAAACGAUAUUUAGUUCCUAACGGUGAUGUUUAGAGAAAGGUAUUUCCAUCGCCUUCGUGCAUUUGGUGUAAAUAGAAGCGAUUCUGCCAGUGUGCUCAAUAGUCGUUAUUCUGUUUUAGGGAACUUGUACAAAUGAAUGAACUAAACUAGAGAAAAUAUUUAUAUUCAUACUUGAAAUUCGACUGAAAAAUUAUUUAUUUGAAAAUAUUUUUUUUUUAAUUGUUGAAAUGAUUUCUAAUUAACUACAUUAUAGAUUAGCUUUGUGUGUAUGUAUUGUAUCUCAUAGAUAUAACAUAUACACAUACGUAUGGGUUUUUUAAUGGUUUUCAAUUAAUGUAAAAUUAUUGCUUUACUUAUUAACGAAAUGUGAGAUAACAACAAUCAUAAAUCAGAUAAUUAUUUUACCCCUGUUAUUUAAUUGUGUUUCCUUACCUCCUUCAAUAAAAGAUUUGCAAUUUUACCUGUCAUAGAUCUCGGGGCUUAUGUAUAUACUUCCUAUAUCAAAAUUGGCACGUUGUCCAAAUGUGUAUAAUGUACAGAUAGUUCUUUCUAUGUAUUGCAAUUAUGGAUUAAAACAAAAUUCCUUUUGAUAACGUAUAAAUACAUAUUAUCUUGAUCAUAAAUUUCACAAAUUGUGCUCUUUAUUUAAUAAAUAUU